CACCCUUCACAGGUGAAUUCACACCAGUUGACUCCACCACCCUGGUCAGUCACCAUUCCUUUGACUCCAGACUUGCUAAUAAGUACAAGAGAAGCCCAUGAAAAAAACCACAGAGCACAGCAAUCUCGAUUUAAGAAACUCCACUCGCAGAAUCUCUCGACCAAACCAUCGACGUCGCUAUGGCUGCACCACUCCAGCUCAGUCUGAGAGACUCUGACCCAUGGGCUGUCGCAAAGCAGGCGUUUGACCUGAUCAGCGAUUACGUCCAACCAGACAGCUCGGUUUCCCCAGGAGACAUCGCCCAGCAGCUGAACAGCCUGACUCCAGGGCAGCGAGUGCUCCAGGAUGGAGAGAACGCCGAGGAGCCUGUCAGCUUCCUGCUGGAGUUCUGGGAGACGCUUGUCUGCAUCGCGCGGCAGAUCCCAUACGACCACCCAUCCCAAGAACGCAUGGUGAAAUUGAUGGCCAGUCUGGAUGAGCUAUCUUCACAGUCGACCGAGGCAGCCUCUAAUGGCUCGGGAUCAAUCUGGCGGUAUUUCAACGAGCUAAGCAACGUCCUUGAUGAUACGUGGAAUGAACCCACAGAAAUGGAGGAUAGUUUCGAGCCGUUCCAGGAAUGGGUAAAUCUCAACUCAUUCGUCGCUCGCUUGUUCGGAGACGGGCUCAUAGACUGGGACAACUACGCAUGUUGGACCCUGAGAGACUCCCUCGAGGCCCAAGAUGCCACCACCAAGGACCUCAGAGAAUCUCGCCUCGCAGCAGCAACUCAGUGGUUCACGCAUGCUGCCCUGGCUCUUUUUAAGGUCAUGCGUGAGAAGACGGCCACCGAGUCCAACCACAUGUAUCUGAGGAGUCCCGUAUUCAGCGGAGACAAGGUGAUUUCGUUGGAGCGGUGGAAUUUCUGGAAGGAACAGCUCCAAAAGGUGCAGGGGAAAGACACUGGCCCCGAACAAAAGCAAAUUGCUUCACAGGCCGUUGGGGCUAUGGACGAUGCCGAGGCUCGGUAUGGGCAAGGAUGAGCACGAGACGUCUUCAUGGCCUGGGGACACAGCGGUCUGAUCAUCGCAACAGCGAGGGGAAAUUUGGUUGAUGAUCGGCCCCAGCGACCAAUUUGGUGUCCCCGCUUCCUGGAGACACAGCCGGAAAAUGACAAAAUCAAUAUUAUUCAUAU